UCAGAGAAGCCGCUCUUCUGAGGUCACUGUGAACCGGGGGCGAGAGUCUUCCUCUGCUAUAAAACGCUCAUCUCGGGCCGGUGAAAGAAAAGCAGCGAAGUGAACGAGAAAGCAAACAAACACUGAACUACUGAGCAGCAAAAAACAUGGUGAAGAUCACUUUCCAGCCCGUGUCGGUGCAGAAACCGGAGAAGGAGGCAGACGAGGACAAGAUCAUUGUUCCCCAGGCUCAUGAGCAUCUGGUUUUUCCUGCCCAAUCCAAGAAGCCAUUUCCGAUUGGCCUCUGCUGCCUCAUCAUUGGCCUCGUUGUUUUCAUAUCAGGACUAGUGCUGUCCUCUGUCUUCUUCUAUCGUUACUACUUCAUACCACAGCAGAUGCCAGAAGACAGUUUGUUCCACUGUCGGGUUGUUUAUGAGGACUCUGUGUACGCUUCUCUGAGGAACAGGCAGGAAAUGGAGGAGAACGUCGGUAUCUUCUUUGAUGACAACUACGAACAGAUCAGCGUACCUGUGCCACACUUUGGAGGCAGUGAUCCUGCUGAUAUCAUCCACGACUUCCAGAGGGGUCUCACAGCUUAUCAUGACAUCAGCCUGGACAAAUGCUACAUCACUGAGCUGAACACCUCCUUAGUGAUGCCUCCACGCAACCUGUGGGAGCUGCUUAUCAACGUAAAGAGAGGGACAUACCUUCCUCAGACUUACAUCAUCCACGAGGAGAUGGUUGUGACGGGGAGAGUGAGGAAUAUGAGGCAGCUGGGCCCCUUCAUCCACAAGCUCUGCUAUGGCAAAGAAACCUUCCGCCUCAGACGCCGCAACCAGCGCCGACGUAUCGAGAGGCGUGAGACAAAGUCCUGCCACAGCAUUCGUCAUUUUGAGAACACUUUUGUGGUGGAGACCGUCAUCUGCAACAGGUACUAAAUCUGCGGCGGAAAUGGAAACCAUCCAACAUUGAAGGCAAUUUCAAACCAUACCUCUUGAAUUAUUUCGUCCUUGAACUGCACUUUAAGAGCAAGUGUUUGUCUAACAGUUUCACUUUCAAUGGUUCCUGUCUGACUUUUGAAAACCCACGUAGAAUGUUAGUGUUUUUUUUCUCUGAAUUAGUUUAGUCUGAAUUUCAUGGGUGAUUAUAAAUGUGACUAUACCUGUAGUUUGUCAAGUUGUAUAAUGCAAGUUGAUGUUAACGUUUGUCAGUUAGUGACCUUUAAUGAGAAGAUUUCAUUUUAUUGUUAUGAUUUGAUUGUCAUUAGUAUUCCAGUGCACUGUGCACCCUUGAGACUAUUUGACUCUUUGUUUUUAUUUGGAGUUUGGUGUCAGAAAAUGGCAAAACAUACCUCAUGUAGUUCGGACCAGUGCUUUUCAAAUGAUUUUAACCUUGAGAUUCACAUUUUUGUACAUCAGGCAAUGCAACCUAAUUACUCAAAUGUAUUAAAAAAUUGUAGUUCAACUUGAAGAUACAAUAUGCAAUGCAACUGCAACAUAAAAAUAAAAGGAGAGGCUUUUGUUAUGAAAUGAUUCCCUCCAAGGAAGUUUGUGUUACACAGAGAGAAUCUGAUUACUCAGAAACAAAAACAUUAAUUAUAUAACUAUCUACUGACAUCACUGGCCUGUUCAGUAGGAGCUAACUGUUGAUCAGUGACCCACACCUUGAGAAACACUGGUUUAAACAUUUCCUUACUAGUUUUGUCAUAUGUGAAAGAUGUAUAUAAUUUGAAUUGUUCCUAAGCAAUAUCUACUGUAAAUUGUUUUUUUUCUCGUUGACUUCCUAAGGUAACAUGCCUAGAUUUUUAUCUGAAAAAGCAACUUGGUUCGUGACCACUUUUUUUUUCCUGUCUUUUUUCUUUCAUUUGUUUUUCACUCCUUUAACAUUAAUGGCUUUAGACUGUAAUUAGUAGCAAUGCUUGCGCUGGACGAGGGAACCAAAAUCUGCAGUCAAAAAGCCUAGUGAUGACAUGUUUUAAUCUGUUUAGAAAAAAUGCUUUAUUGUCUAGAUCAUCUACUGUAGAUUAUGAUACUAAUGGUAAAAAAAUGAAUAUGAAUCUUCCUUCCUUCUUUACACGCCAUACAAAGUUAAUUUACAACCCAGUUUUGGGAUGUCUUAUAAAUGUGCAUCAUUGAGUACAUCACACAAUGAUAUGUGCUCUCACUCACAGAGACGUAAAUAAUUUACUGCAUUUCACUGUACAGUUGACUUUUCUUGUAAUAUCUUGUUGCUUUAAGAAUAAACCAUACAUCUUUA